UCAGACCCGUGCAGCUUCAGUCUGGAUCCUGCAGGAUAUCUACAUGCUCACCUUCCAAGCAGCAAAGUCAUAUUUGGCUCCAAGAGGUUUAUAUGGCCACUGGUGGAGGAAGACAUUAGAUAUUUACUACAAAGCUAUCAAGGAUGACCUCUCCAACCUUCCCCCGUCACCUAGAGCCAGAUUUCAGAGGUGGAUCUGGUUUAACAUGGACCCACCUGCCAGCACGCGCAGGAUAGCAGGCAUUCAAGGCCUUUUUAAUUUAACCAUGAGCUACAGGAAGGAUGCAGAUAUCCACGUUCGCUGGCGACUGACUCCCAAGAAGAACAUGGAUGAUUUUGUGCUACCGAAGAAGGAGUGCUUGCUUUGUUGGAUUGUGGAUGGCGACGACCUGCACACAAAAUCAACGGAGGGAUACAGCUACUUCAGAGAGCUUAUAAAACACAUCGAGGUGGAUGUCUAUGACAGAUCCUCUGCUGAGUUCUCGCAGGGUGAGAACUACUUCCUGACUAUCAGCAGCUGCAAAUUCUACCUUUCCUUUGAGGAGUCAACUCACAGAGAUUACAUCACUGAGACGUUCAACGGACCUCUGGCAGCCGGCACUGUGCCGAUAGUUUUGGGCCCACCAAGAAGGAACUAUGAGGAUUUCGCUCCAGGUACUUCCUUCAUACAUGUAAAUGACUUUCGUGAUGCUGCAACACUGGCUGAGUUCCUUCUGACACUGGAUAAAGAUAAUGAGGCUUAUAUGAGAUACUUUAAUUGGCGGCGAUUCUAUACUGCCAGACGCCAUCCUGUUGAGGAGAAUCACGAGUUUGCACACGCUAUCUGCCAGGCCUGUCAUCAUGUGGGCUUGAACAGUGCGUACAGAGUUGUACCUGAUCUGUACAAGUGGCUCUUACUGUGAUGCUGGUAUUGAUCACCUGUUCCUCUGAAGUGGUUAAAAUACAAACUGGCAUCUCGCCAUACAGAGUACCAAACAGUUAAUAGGAAUCUGACAGCCAUGGGCCCUCGUAAGGUUUCAUUUCAUGUUUAUCAUGUGUCAACAACAGCAUUGUAUGUACUUGGUGUGUUUAAGUGGUGUACUCAUAUGAUCUAUCGUUCAGAAGCUGUUUCACUGAUGCGGACCAUUUUAAGAUACAACCACCAGAGCAGGCUCAAAAAACACUUCUAUCGGACAAAAAACACACAAAUAAAAAGUUAUAACUCACCUGUGAAGUGUUAUUAUAAUCCACAGAUGGAUUACAUGCCAACACAUAUGCUGUUUAUACAGUCCUGCUACACUCCCAAAGAGCCAGAUGAUUGAAAUCCAGCUAAAUAUUUAGUCCACACACAUUUUUACAUCCAUAGAUAUUUCCAUAAUAUCCUGCAUUUGCAUGUAAAUAAACAGACUCCUCACUGGAGCCAAUGGAAGCUUUUAUACUGACAGUCCAGGCUUCAAUAGCCAACUGUGCUGAAGGUAGUGCCUUCCUACUUUGUUUGGCCUCAGAGCCAAUCAAUAGCAUCCCACUGGCCCAAUGGCUUAUGGGUCUUGUAGUCAAUGAUGCUCAUCACCUCCAGAGGAGUUUUUAACUGUUUCUUGUCAUCACAGUCUAUUAAGAAUGUACCUAAAUGAUAAACAAAUGGCUCCUAUGUUGUCUUAAGGGGGGGAAAACAGUCUUUUUCAUCAAUUUAGCAUUUCUGGAAGUGUUUUUACAUACAGUAAGUUCCUAAAUAGACAUUUCUGCCUUUGCUGACUUAUUGUUUUACUCUACUUUGUUAAAAGCACCUGUACAACACCUCAGAAAACACAAGUAAGCUGUUUAUUUUCUGUGAUAUUGUUAUUAUCUUUGUUGAAUUCUGACUGUGGGGCGUCAUGAUAGGGCUCCAUUGUGUUUUCCAGCUAAUACCUCCCUGUUGUAGUCAUCUGCAGCAUUUUUUUUUAAAGAAAAUAUUGAAGCGAAAAUGAAUAACAUUUUUUUAUUUCAGUGUGUUGAAAAUAUAACUCAAUGACAGAAGUACUGGCAGUGAUUCUGACUGUUGGGGGACAAAAUUGAGUGUUUCCUCUCAAAUGUGACCAUGAAUAUACAUGUAUUAAAAAUGGAACAACAGCCUUCAGUUACUUUGGGUUUACUUUGUGCAUCCAACAUUGAAAUCCUGUCAUGUUGCCUACAGAUUCUGCAUACAUAUACAGACAUCUGUUUAUGGAGAUUAUGUGAUGUACAUUAUCAUUCUUGAUGAUUUAAUACACCUAAUCUUCUUUUAAAGCUGCUGUCAUUUAAAUUUUCUUUACUGUUUGACGUGAUGAAAAAGAUGAUAUUACUGAAACACUAAAACGUUAGAGCUGUAUUGGACACUGAACUGCAGUCAGACGCUCAACAAAAAUCAACAAAAACAUUUUCAUACUUACCUCUGGGGAUUUUUUUUGACAUGCACAUUGUUAUGGUUUUAUUUGCCCUGGGUGUGUUUGGUGUAUUACCCACCUGUUCUCAUCCCAACUCGUCAAAUACCACAGCUUUGUCAGUGGACCUAAACAUCAAAAUAUGACAUGCCAGCUACCCUCCUGCAUCACUUUUGGACAGUCUGGAUGGUGUGUCAAUUUAAGCUUGUUAAAUGCAUGGUGUCUUUUCAAAAUACACUUCCAUUUUCACAGGAAAUGUUUGUGCUUGUUAUGUGCAUACAGUCACUAAUACUUUCUCAUUAAAAUAACUCCACUGACUUUGGGUUUCCCAUGGGAUAUAAAGAGCCAACUGAUUGGGUGAGAGUCCGGAGUUUGACACAUCAACCAUCACUCCUACCUGAUAGGGACUUUCUCCCUCUUUGUAGUAUGGUAGUUGCCUGCGGUGUUACAUACUUCUGCCAGUCAGUGCAUUUCAUAACGCCAUAAAAGUUGCCUUUGUGCACCAGUACCUGAAGUUGACAUCACUGAUACAGCGCCACUAUUUGCUGAGUUGGGAAUGAGGAUGGGCUGGGAUUAUCAAGUUGAUGGGGCACAAAACUACAAUUGAAACUACAAAUAAAACAUUCUGAGUUUAAAUAGGAUUUAGUUUUAAAUCCUGUCCUAAUGCCCUUGAAUGUGUCUUGUAAAGAAGUGCUUUGUUGUUGUUUAUGAAGAUGUGAUACAAAUAAACCUGUAUUGCCACCUGUCA